AUGAGAUUUCUUGCUACCCAAUCCCCCUUUUCCCCUGGGAGAGCAAGCCUUCCAUGGUCCGUCCCUCCCUCUUGUUUGGUAAUCAUUUCAUUUUACUCCUUUUUGAAGCAGUCGCUUGUUUUAUCCCACUUUUCAUUUCACAAUCCCGUGCGCGUAUGUUCGCCUUCUUCUGAUCAACUUCGGCAUCUCCCCUCUCUUUACUCACAACGAAAAGGUAUCCUAGAUCCCGGCUGAUUCUUCUCCUUCGAGAUGCUUAACUGUUCUAGCGCUCACCCUCUCUCCACCCUCUUUUAACUUGAGACCGGUUAAGCUUGAGCGAACUGAACUGGGGUUGGAAUUAAAAAUAAAGCGGAAAAACCCAAAGGGAUACGACGCUCGUCUUUGGAUAAGGACCGCUAUCGCUUUCCCCCUUGUUGCACUUUGGGGAAGAUUCUUCCCUUUUCAGUUGCUCGUCGUUAAUCCAGGUGGCCUUGUGAGUUGGUUAAGAGAGAGUUCCCAGAAGGUUACUUUCAUGUUCUCCAUCCAGGACAGCCUCCCGCGGGGAGCCUUGACCAUGAAAGAGGAACCGCUCACGAGUGGCAUGACACCGGUCCGCUCUUGGAUGCAGAGCGCGGGGAUAUUGGACGCGAACACAGCAGCACAAAGCGGUGUAGGUCUGGCCCGGGCUCACUAUGAAAAACAGCCCCCCUCGAACCUACGCAAAUCCAACUUCUUCCACUUCGUGUUGGCGCUGUACGACCGACAGGGCCAGCCCGUGGAGAUCGAGAGAACCUCUUACAUAGACUUCGUGGAGAAAGACAAAGAGUACAAUGGAGAGAAGACCAACAACGGCAUCCAUUACAGGCUACAGCUCCUGUACAGUAACGGCAUCAGGACAGAACAAGAUCUGUUUGUACGGCUAAUAGACUCCAUGACCAAACAGGCGAUCCUCUACGAGGGCCAGGACAAAAACCCAGAGAUGUGCCGUGUCCUUCUCACCCACGAGAUCAUGUGCAGUCGUUGUUGUGACAAGAAGAGCUGUGGAAACCGCAACGAGACGCCCUCCGACCCAGUCAUCAUUGACAGAUUCUUCCUGAAGUUCUUCCUCAAGUGCAAUCAGAAUUGUUUGAAAAAUGCAGGGAACCCACGAGACAUGAGAAGGUUUCAGGUGGUGGUCUCCACGACGGUGAACGUGGAUGGCCACGUCCUUGCUGUCUCCGACAACAUGUUUGUCCACAACAACUCCAAACAUGGCAGGAGGGCCCGACGCCUGGACCCCUCUGAAGCAGCUACGCCCUGCAUCAAAGCCAUCAGCCCGAGUGAGGGGUGGACGACCGGGGGAGCCACUGUCAUCAUCAUCGGAGACAACUUCUUUGACGGACUGCAGGUGGUCUUCGGUACUAUGCUGGUCUGGAGUGAGCUAAUCACGCCCCACGCCAUCCGCGUCCAGACGCCCCCUCGCCACAUCCCAGGGGUCGUGGAGGUCACGCUCUCUUACAAAUCCAAGCAGUUCUGCAAAGGGGCGCCAGGACGCUUUGUCUACACCGCCUUGAAUGAGCCUACCAUCGACUACGGCUUCCAGAGGCUACAGAAGGUCAUCCCCCGACACCCAGGAGAUCCCGAGAGGUUACCUAAGGAAGUGCUGUUAAAGCGAUCAGCAGACCUAGUAGAAGCCCUGUACGGAAUGCCCCACAAUAACCAGGAGAUCAUUCUGAAGCGGGCAGCUGACCUGACCGAGGCCCUGUACAGCGUCCCCCGCAGCCACAACCAGCUGCCUUCGCUUAGCGGCUCGGCCGCUCACUCCGGCAUGAUGGGAGUCAACUCCUUCAGCAGCCAGCUGGCCGUCAACAUCUCCGAGGCCUCGCAGGGGGACCAGGGCUACUCCCGUAACUCCAACAGCGUAUCGCCUCGUGGCUACGUCCCCAGCUCCACGCCCCAGCAGUCCAACUAUAACACCAUCACGUCCACCAUGAACGGCUAUGGAGCGGGCAUGACCAACCUGGGGGUGCCAGGCUCACCCAGCUUCCUCAACGGCUCCGCUGCCAACUCUCCUUACGCAAUCAAACAGAAGAGCGCCUUCGCCCCUGUCGUGCGGCCACAGACCUCCCCGCCCCCCACCUGCACCACCACCAAUGGCAGCAGCCUACAGGCCAUGGCAGGUCUCAUAGUCCCACCUAUGUGAAGAGGACCUACUGCCAGAUUGACCACAUCUCCACUAGCUCACAGAAUCUCUACAGCAUCAGCUUAAAUCUCAUCAACCUCCAAAACAGGACCAUCAAGCCUCUUCACUCCUGGAAACAGAACAGCACAACAAAGAAAAUCCAAGUAACCGGAAAACCCGUAAAAUGACGCUAGAUUAUCUUUGUGUUGGUUCAGUAGUUGACUUCAUCGUCACUUUCUGUGUUUUGCAUUUUGGGACUUGUAAGCCAUUCCUUGCCCAACAGGUAGCAUUUUCACAUAGAUAUGUAUGAAGGGUUAACUAAUCUGAAGAUAUAGCAAUGUGAAUAACAAACUGUGGUUUUGAAAGGCAGGUAGUUACUCCUUGUCGUGUAAGCAUUGUCCGGCGUUCUACAAGGGUCAUUUGCAUGUCGGAAAAACUAUUUUGACUGGAUCUUCUAAUGAACCUAGUUCAUUGUCAGUCAUAUAACCACUGUGAGCAGGUAGAGUCUAAAGGCCUACAGUUCAAAACGGUCAACUAUGGAAAAAGUGCAGAAGCCAUGAAUAUCCAACACUUUGUCAAUUGUCCGACUCAAAAUCGGUGGGAGUUUCAAUGAGAAUUCCCCACAAUGUCUAUAAAAAAAUCCGCUUCAAAAAGACAACUGAUAUCUAAUGUCGUAGUCUUUUAGCAUUUUAAUUUGUGUACCAUAGCUUUUAAUAAUGUGCGUUUAUCAUAUCUGAAGGAAAAUGCAGUAAUUUUCUAAUCUAACGAAAGGGUUGGCAAACAUUCUGCCAAGGAGCAAAUAGCAAAUGUUGUACUAAACAGCCUGAGGUUUUGAGGUUAAAGGGUUUUAGAUGUCUACCAUUUUUGAAACAUAGUACAAUAGAUAUAUUUCCGGGUGUGUUGAUUGGUAGAUUUUAACCAGAAAUGCUUGCAGCAGUUUUAAUCACAUUUAGGUACCAGAUUUCUUGUUAUUCUUCUGAUUGUGCUUAUUUUGUAUGUAUUUAUAAAGUAUGUUUUGGGAUUCCUUUUGUGAUUUAGGCCUGAAUGAUAGUCUUAAAUAUAUAUGUAAACACAUUUGAUGUCUUAAUACCUUUUAGAUAUUGUAAAAAGAUUGAAAAAGGAGAGGAACAACCCUUUUGUAAAAACGAAAAAAGUCAAACAUGACAUGGUCACCCUGUCUUUUAAAGCAGGUUAUACGCCCCACCACUUUUGUAUAAAAAUGGUUUUCCGAUACUAUAUUUAACUUUUUUUUUGUAUACAGCAUUUGUGUUUUCGCCAGUUCUCCUCGUCCUUUGUGUAUUAUUGUGAAAUGUGUAUUAUCAUGGUUAUUUCUUCAUGCACUAUUUUAGUUGGGGCACUUACAAGAGCAAUGCAUCUUAGCAAGCAAGAAAAAAAAUACAAAAAAGGAAAACAAUUACAGAAAAUGGAGAUAAAAAAAAAUACAAAAGACAAAGGCUAGUACAAAUAUGCAUCAAGAUGUUUGUUUUUUUGUAGCCAUUCUUCGAUUCACAUUUUUGUCAGUGUGGCUAAAAUGGCAAGGUUGUUUUCAUGUGAAUUUCUCUUUUUCAAAAACUCUUCCAUCCUAAUCCUCCAUACUCCUUACUUAAAAUUUUAGGCGUAUCCAUUUUUUUCAUUCAUUGGUUAGAAUUCAACUCCUUUCCCAUCUUAACUACGGACCCAAGCCUAUUCCUUGUGUUUUGGUGAUAAUGAAUGUAAUACACAUGCCUGAAUCAGCAGCGAAGUUGAAACUCAAGUACACCCUCCAAUAACUGCUGUGGAGGGACCACUCAAGUGUAGGGUUCACCGAUCUCAAGGAACCUUCCAUUGAUGUCAGUGUUGUCGGUGGUGUUAUUGUCGUUGCACACAAUCUGUAUCAUGUACUUAUGCAAUGUGUAUUUCCUGUAAAGCAAGCUAUCGCUCCACAUUUCAGUGGAAAUGGUUUUGAAACGUAAAAGAACACAAGACAUAAUUGAUGCCUUACAAUAGAACACGCUCCAAUACAAUGCAUUUUCAUUAUUUUGAUACUCUUAAUUGAAGUGUGGUCUUAGAAUAAAAAUAAAUAAAAAAAUGGAGUUAUGCUGUUGCAGAUUUAUUUAUUCCUCAUUUUACCAGGUGAGUUGACUGAGAAUACGUUCUCAUUUCCAGCAACGCCCUGGGGGAAAGUUACAAAACAUAGUAGAAAUAAAUAGAUGUCUAAGAAUUAGUUACAGUUGUCAUUCAUUUGAUGGUUUUGAAUAAUCAUUUGAGCUGCAGUGGAUGUAGUUUAAACUAGGAUAUGUUGAACGAUACAUCCUCCAAAUUUCCACAUAGCCUGUGUAACAUAAUGAUAGUGGGACAAUAGGUCACAAAAAUCAAUGAUGCGCUUGAUUAAACCUUUGAUUUUAUGCUAAUUUUGUUCAAUGAUUGACAAAAAUCAGCUAUCAUCAGGUGGCAUCAACAUGUAGUCAUAAUGUGGGCUUGUGAAGAAAAGUAAAAAGGGAAAUUCUGUUGCACCACUUUGAGAGAGACGUUUUUCAAUUACGAGAGUCAAGGCCAGCUCAUAGAAUGUCAUCUGAAUUCAAUAUUAUGGACUUCUAAACCCAUUUUCAAUGAAAACACACGUUUUCUCUUCGAGUUAAAUCUUGGCUGACUUCUCACAAUCCUCCCCUUCACCCCCAUGUAUCCAUUCCAUCCCUAUACUGAGUUUUCAAAUAGCUUGCGAAAUAUUUUUUGUUUGUUUGUUAUAGUUGUAGAAAGCUUGCUUUUUGCUGCCCUGGUUUUCUGCAGAGGUUUUUUAAAUUGCAAAGUGUACUUUCUCAAUGUUUUAUUCAAUAUGAAAAGGGGAGAGGUACUGCAUCUUUGUCAAAUAUGAAAUGUACCAUCAAAGUAUACUCUAUCAAAGCACAAUGUUUAAUUAAUGUCUCUAAAAUACAAAAGGGGGGUAUCUCCCCCGCUUUCCUUUUCUGUCUUUGACCAUGCUGUAAAUAGAUGCAUGUUUUUUUUUCUGUGAUCCAGUGCUUUUUGUACAGAAACAGACUAAUAAAGAAUACAUUUGGCU